AUGGAGAUCGUGCGGUCUUCAUUAACAAAUGAGAUUGAACCGUUGACAGACACAGCCUUUCCUGCCAUUCCUCUUGAAUACCCCUAUAUUAUAUCCCUUACAACCUCUUACCAUGCUCGCUCUAACAGCUUGCCUUCCAGACCACACCCUCUCAUUCCACUAGUCCAAGAACAUUUAUGUAGAUUCAAGGCUUCUGAAGCUACCUCUUCAUCAUCAUCAUUUAGCCGCAACAUAACUGGCCUUCAAGAUUUGCAUGAUUGUAUCGAAGAAUUGCUUCUGCUACCAUAUACUCAACAAUCUCUUGCCCAAAAGCAGCAUGAGAGAUGCAUCAACGAGCUUUUAGACGGAUCUCUUCAGCUCUUGGAUUUGUCUAAUACGGCUAAGGAUGCCCUGUUGCAAACAAAGGAAUGCAUACAAGAACUUCAAUCGAUUAUGCGAAGAAGACGGGGAUGUGAACUUGCUCUUGCAAGUGAGGUUAGGAAAUACUUGACCUCCAAGAAAGUGAUGAAGAAGGCAACACAAUCAAAGCCAAGUGGAUGGUCGUUGGUGUCCAAGAUAAUGAACAGCAAAAGAGUAGCUUGUGAGGAAGAAGCGACAGAAGCAAACGAAUUCACCAAGGUGGAUGGAGCAUUACUCUCAGUUCUCAUGACAAGAAAAUUUGAUGACAAGCAUGUUGAGAAUGUGCAAAUUCAGCUCAAAGAAUUGGAGAUGUCCAUGCAAGAUCUUGAAGGAGGACUUGAGUGCCUGUUUAGGCGUUUAAUCAAAAACAGAGUUUCUCUUCUCAACAUCCUUUACCAUUAG